GUCAAAUUUGGCUGAGACGGUUUUCCUUUCGCAUGUCGCACAUGUAAACAAAUGAGGUUUACAAAUCUCGUAGCGCCUUAAUUUACCUAAUUUUAAAUCAAUUUUAGUUAUUUAACAAGAUGGACGAAGGAGCAAUCUUGUCGUUGCCUCAGAAGAGAUACUAUCGCCAGAGGGCCCACUCCAAUCCCAUAGCCGAUCACUGUUUUGACUAUCCAUCUUGUCCAGAAGAAUUUGACUGGAGCACAUUAUAUCCAGAUAUAAAAUCAAAAUCAACCUCGGUGGAGUUCGCAGACAUCGGCUGUGGUUAUGGUGGUUUUCUGGUAACUCUGGGUAAAAUGUUCCCAGAGAAGUAUGCCUUAGGAAUGGAAAUCAGGGUUAAAGUGUCAGACUAUGUAAUGGAUCGUAUAAAAGCCUUAAGGACCCUCAAUCCCGGGAGCUAUGGAAAUAUUGCGUGUAUUCGUACAAAUGCUAUGAAGUAUUUACCAAACUAUUUCAAAAAGGCUCAGCUUUCCAAAAUGUUCUUCCUCUAUCCUGAUCCGCAUUUUAAGAAGGCGAAACAUAAGUGGCGUAUUAUUAACAAUGCCUUACUCUCGGAGUAUGCUUAUGUUCUUAGAAAAGGAGGCUUAGUUUAUACAAUAACGGAUGUUGAAGACCUGCACAAAUGGAUGGUUAGUCAUCUCGAGGGACAUCCUCUUUUCGAAAGGCUUUCUGAAGAAGAAACCAAAUUGGAUCCCAUUACACCAAAGCUUUAUCAAAGCAGUGAGGAAGGAGCAAAAGUAGUUCGAAACAAGGGAGAUCAUUUUGUUGCAAUAUUUAGACGAAUUUAAAAAUAAAUUCUUUUAAUUUCAAUUUUUAACCAACAAA